CUCUCUAACACUCCUCUCAAAUUUCUCUCUCUAGCCCUCUUUUUUUUUCUCUUUAUCUUUUUCUCUCAACACUUCGUACAGAGGAGAGGAUUUUGUUGAGGUGAAACAAAAAGCAAUCUCUUGGUUUGUUGCACAUUAAAAAGGCUUUUGCCAAUUGCCACAAGUUAUUUGAGGAGAAAAUUAAUUGAAGGUUGAUUUGUCUUUGCAAAUGGUUCUUUUCAUGCCUGGGAUUUUGAUUGCUGAAGGAGAGAAGGUUGAAGGAGAGUGGGAGAAAGAGAGAUAAAAAAAAAGAAAGAAGCUACAAUACCCAGAAAGCCAAGAAAGUUAGCAGAAGCAGAGAGAUCCAGAAGAGGGAAUCAAGUUUGUAUAUAAUCAAUCAUCUGCUUCUGCUGGGUUAUUGGCAAUGUCUGCUAAAAUAAUCAGUGAACCAAUGAUGGUAGCAGCCCCAGAGACAACACAAUCAGCAGCACCCACAAAGACAAUUGGACAAAUUGAAGUUGAAUUUGUAAUCUGUGAAUGCUGUGGACUAACUGAAGAAUGCACACCAGCAUACAUUGCUAGAGUCCGGGACCGAUAUUACGGAAAAUGGAUAUGUGGGUUAUGUGCAGAAGCAGUUAAAGAUGAGACUGAUGAUCAAAGACUAAUCACUACUGAAGAAGCAGUGGCCAAGCACAUGAGCUUCUGCAAGAAAUUCAUUUCUUCAAGACCACCUCCUGAUCCAACAGUGCAUUUGAUCGCUGCAAUGAGGCAAAUCCUUAGAAAAACUCUGGAUUCGCCGAGAGGGUUAAGAUCAACACCAAAUAGUCCUAAAAAGGAUCCAGAAAUUCGCGGUGCAUCGCUCGCCAGGUCCGAGAGCUGCCUCUCUUCUUUGUCUGGUUAAUGCUAGAAGCCUAAAACUGAAGGUGAAUAAUAAUCACUUGUUUAAUCUUCCCCUUGAUGCACAAUUAUAUUAAAAAAAAA